CUGAUUUAUUCAUCACAAAUAAUGCAAUAUAUCUAUAAUUUAGCAUUUGCUAACUAUAGUGUAAAUAUAAUGAUUUUGCACGGCAGGAUUGCACAAAUCUUGAUUCAUAGAAAGUCAUGAGAACCUUUAAACAAGUUAGGCUAUACAAAUAAUAUUAAAUAAUAUUACUACUAAUAAUAAUGAUAAUAACAACAACAACAUCAGUAAUAAUAAUCAUCAUGAUUCAGUCCAGAUGAGGUUGAAUACGAUGUGCAUGAAAAUACAGAUGAACUCAGUAAUGAAACGUAAAAUUAAAUUAUGCAAUUUUAAAUAUAUAUAUUUAUUAACAUUUUGGACAGUUUGAGGCUAUUAGGGUGGGGCGAUAUGAUCAAAUAAAGUGUCAAUUAAUAAUGUAUAAAUGAAGACAAAAUCAGUCUAAUUAUCCCAAACACACGAGACAUAAAUACUUUUAUAAUUAGCUUAGAAUAAAUAAUAAUAAUAAUCAUCAUCAUCAUGAUUCAAGACCCGUAUUAUUAAUAUGGAGAAAUGUGUAAAGUCAUCGCCAUAUUUCAGACAGUGCUCGCGCAUUUUUCCUUUCUUGUCGUUUUGAUGAAGGUCUAAAUAAUGUUGAACCCUUUUAAAUUUCACCAUGCUCAUAAUUCACCCGUUCAUUCUCACAGCUCCAUAAAACAUGAAUGCUGCACUUAAAUAGAUGAUCUGUGUCUCUGUGUGCGUUUACAAUUCACAUAUAGAAUAUAUAGAAUAUAUGCACAAAACACCAAAUAAAAGAGCUGGAGAAUAGACAUAACAACUCACACAUUACAGCGAGUCUCGUGUCCUAUAUAUGCAUGAUUAUAACAGCAAUAAUAUUCAUGCAUAUUUACAAGCAGCGCGCCAAAGUACAUGUUAAGUCCACUGCAUUCAUGCAUUAGUGUAACAGCUCGUACUGUUAAUAAUAAUAGCACAAGAACACUGUAAUGUGAAGUGUGCAUGUCAGACUGAUGAGGGUCGAGUCUGAAAAAGACCUGGAGAAAUGUCUCUCGUGAGGAAAUGCUUGUGGCCUGACUGUGGGUUGAUAUGAUCAGCAUCAAUGACACUCAGUGAACUGUAGAGAAUCAGAUGCACUGUUGAAGAUAUAUAUAUAUAUAUAUAAGCAUGCAUCUCCAAGAUAAACUCUUACAAAGCAAUACAUAGCUCAUUUAAUCCAAUAUUGUAGCCUCGUAAAAUACGGGUUUAACCCAAAUGCACUGCGAGACAGAUAUUGUGUCAUUAUAUUCAAGAGUUCAGUUGUUGGUUUAUUUUAGUAACAAUCCAGCCAGUGGUCUCGCGACCAUUAAAUGCAUGCACUAAAUCAGUGCAAUCAUAUUAAAUAAUGAAGUUAUGCGUUAUAAUAACCGGAGCAUUUAAAAUCAUUAGAUAAAUCGCGUUUGAUGCACUUCAACUGUAAAAUGCAAUAAGUUGACAUUACUUAUAAUAAGCAUGUAAAGCGAUUGCCUUAAUAAAAUCAAGCAGGCUAAAAAUACUCGUUUGGAUCAAGUGGACUAUUUCUAUUUCACUCGACUUGAGCCAUUUAAAAAAAUUUUUUUGCAAUUAAUUUUUUAAUGCAAUUAAUUAGCAUGCUUUUUAAAGUAAGGUUAACUAAUUAUAUUAGUGCACAAGCUGUUCAAUAAUGAAAUGGAAGUAUUAGAUAAUGUUAUUGUCUGUUAUUGCCGUAUGCAUGCAGCGAUGACAAUCACAAUGAAACGCGUGUAAAUGGUUGACGCGUGUAAAUAAUAGCCUAAUAAUAAUAAUAAUAAUAAUAAUAAAAACAGUAAAACUAUAGUACGAUGUUCUGCGCCUCGAUCUCAUUAUGUCAUUACAUAUACAGCACAGUUGUGGAGGUUAAUGUACUUACUCUGUCAGCGGGAAUGGCUCAUAUAGUAAACGUGUCUAUUUUGUCAAAUCUCGAAAGAAUGAUUUCUACUGUGCGACGCGUCAUUAAAGCGCUUGAUGGAGUGCGGCUUUUGUCCCAGAGACGCGCGUGCAAAUGUGCCGCUGCGCAUCCUCCAAUCAGAGAGCGGCGUCACUUAGCGUCUUCCAAUGGGUGACUCGCGUUCGCAGGUGGCGGCGCGGUUAUCAGCUCGUCCCGCUGCGCACAUCACAGCGACAGUCCAUUCACCGCGGAACGGCGAGUCACAUGCGGGCUAUCGAAGCACUCACAGCGGGCGUGAGAUCUCCCGACGGCCGCCGGCUGGAUUCAGGACGCUUGUGAAUCUCCCAGACCCCGAGGAACACUUUUGAUUUUGCAUGGGACAACAUUGCGCUUUUUAAAACUUUUUUUAAAACAAGAUCGCUCUGGUCUGAUUUCGCUCCCCUUGGAUAAGUUGUCAAGUUGUGGGCACUAAACUUUGCGUAAGGUGCACUCUUCUCCUUUGCGUGCUAAUUUUGUUAUUUCUUUCAUAGCGGUUUAUCCUGCGGUUCAUGCGCACCAAUGUUAGCUGUCGGGCAGAUGGAUCCUAACAGGCAGAGUGCUUUCGUCCUGGGCAGUACUCCACUGGCUGCACUGCACAACAUGGCCGAGAUGAAGACCUCUUUAUUCCCGUACACCCUGCAGAACCCCGCGGGGUUCAAGGCUCCUUCUCUGACCAAUCUGAACUCCCAGAUCCCGUUGGGAACGCCACAUGGAAUAAGCGAUAUAUUGGGGAGACCCAUCACCGCAGCUGGACAGUUUCUCACGGGCUUUCCCAGGAUCAACGGGUUGGCCACAUCGGCCGGGAUGUACUUUAACCCCGUGUCCCGAUAUCCCAAACCCUUGACGGAGUUGCCCGGGAGAGCGCCCAUUUUCUGGCCGGGAGUGAUGCAGGGCUCGCCGUGGAGAGACCCGCGUGUGCCCUGUCCGGGUCAAGCAAACAUGAUGCUGGACAAAGAUGGCAAGAAGAAACAUUCCCGACCAACUUUUUCAGGACAGCAGAUUUUCGCCCUGGAAAAAACCUUCGAGCAGACCAAAUAUCUGGCGGGUCCGGAGAGAGCGCGGCUGGCAUAUUCCCUGGGCAUGACGGAGAGCCAAGUCAAGGUGUGGUUUCAGAACAGAAGAACCAAAUGGAGGAAGAGACACGCGGCUGAAAUGGCCACAGCCAAAAAGAAACACGAUUCCGAGACGGAGAAGAUGAAGGAGAGCUCGGACAACGAGGAUGAUGAUGAUGAUGAAUACAACAAACCUCUGGACCCGAACUCCGACGACGAGAAAAUCUCAAGACUGUUAAAAAAGCACAAGGCGAGCAACCUGUCCCUCAUCAGCCCCUGUAGCAACAGCUCGGACACUUUGUGAUGAUACUGAGACUCUUCAUCAUCAUCAUCAUCAUCAUCAUCAUCAUCAUCAGCCUCAGGCUCUUCUGGAGAAAUGGGGCAGAAUUAAGCAGGGUAUAAACACACUCUGAAUGCAACUGUACAGUUAGAAGUGGAUGUGAGAUGUAUAUAUAUGUUUUUUAUUGAGUAAAUUAUGUUAUUAAAGCAUCACGAGACGUGCCAACUCCCCCUCAUCUUCAUCAUCAUGUUCAUCAUCAUCUUCAUCAUCACAGGUCAAUUGAAGAUGAUUUUUGGUUGAGUCGCAGAAGCAUUGGGACAGUGUGUUAUUUGGGAAACAGGAACACGAGUGUAUAAAGUCGGUGUUGUAAAUGAUGUGAAUAGAAUUUGUUUUAACAGUGUCUCUUUUGGCCGCUUGUGCUUUCGAUGGAUGGACUUUAUGUUUGACCUCACAACACGAGAAAUAGAAAAUAUGGAUGAGAAAUAUCGACGAGGAGAAUAUUAUUGCUUCCGUGAUGAAGGAAGAAAAAACUUUGUAUUAUCAAUAAAUUAUUUAACAAGCCAAUGUUUUAAUGAUGUCUUUGUCUUUUAUAAUGUAUGUUUGUUUACGGUUGUUUCACACACACACACACACACACACACACACACACACACACACACACACACACACACACACACACACACACACACACACACACACACUGUAUGUGUCGCAUUAUGUGUGAUGUGCUGUUUGGCCAUUACAUGUUUAAACGCGCAUUAUAUUUUGAACAAUUACAACAAUUAUACUAAUAAUUAAUCCUAAUUACAGUAAUGUAGUAUUUUAUUUGUAAGUUCAUUUACAGAUAUGUAGGGUAACAUUUUAA